CAGUUUUUGAAAACGUGUGAAUGCAGCUUAACCCACGCUAACCCGUCAAAUGUCACUUUGACGUUUACGUUUCCUAACCUCUAAAAAAAAAUUUUUAGUUUUUAAGCCUUCAGAAACAUCAAAUCUGUGAUAUUGCAAUGUUGUCGACACGAGCCCGGCUCCUUUUAUCACUUUUGAACAAAUCAGAUGUCUUCCGUUCCUAUUGCAAAAAAGCCACAAAGGGCAAGUUCGAGUUCCCCAAGCGGACGAUUUUCAAGUCCUACGGCCAACCGACACACGAGACCCACCCCCAGCUCUUGCAAAAAGACGAAAUCACCCCCUUGAUAAAACGCUCCGAGUUCCAGGACCGGAGACAGAAACUAAUGGAGCAAGUGUGUGUCUACGUCAAUGAGCGGAACCCCUCCAUGCGGGAACACUUGAUAGUUAUUCCAUCAGCCACCAAACAGUACAUGUCCGAUAAAAUCCCGUAUUUUUUUCGCCAAAACACCGAUUUUCUCUACUUGACUGGCUGUUUGGAGCCUGAUAGUUGUCUCAUCUUGGCCACGACGGGGGCCCCCAGCCAGCACUGUUCCACCCUGUUUUUGCGCGAGAAGGACGACCAUUCCGAGCUGUGGGACGGCCCCAGGACGGGGCCCGACAACGCCCCCAACGUGUUCGGGGUCGACCAGAGUUUGCCAAUGAGCGAGAUGGAGAAUUACUUGCAGUCGUUUUUCAAAUCGAACAAUAAAUUCAGUCUUUGGUAUGACUUCAUGAACCCCGUCCAAAUCGACGUGCACAAAACAAUGGUCGAUUAUUUGAACUACAUGCGGCAAAAAAUGUGGGAAUCCCCGAAAGUUUUUAUACAUAAGCAAAGGCUGAUUAAAAGUCCAGCCGAGGUAGCGCUGAUGCAACAAUCGUGUGAUAUUGCCUCAAGGGCGAUUAUUGAAACUAUCAAGGCUUCACAUCCCGGGAUAAAUGAGAGUCAGAUUUUUGCAACAGUUGAUUAUGAGUGUAGAAUGCAAGGGGCCGAAUAUUUGGCAUACCCCCCUGUGGUAGCAGGGGGUAAUAGGGCCACAACUAUACAUUAUAUUAAUAAUAAUCAAGUAGUCCAGGACGGGGAGAUGGUUUUAAUGGACGCGGGCUGCGAAUUUCACGGUUAUUCAAGCGACAUUACCAGAACCUGGCCCAUCAAUGGUAAAUUCAGCACCAGUCAGAGAGAAGUGUACGAAGUUGUUCUAGACGUUCAAAAAAAAUUGAUUCAAUUGUGUGAAAAUUUUCCCACUUUGGACAGUUUAUUCGACUCAAUGUGUGUCUUACUAGGGAAAGGUUUGCAAGAAAUUGGCUUAAUUCCGAAAAUAUUGACCAAUCAAGCCUUGACACGCGCCGCCUAUCAGUUCUGUCCGCACCACGUGUCGCAUUAUUUGGGAAUGGAUGUUCACGAUACGCCUUUAAUUACUCGAAAUGUUAAAAUACAACCUGGGAUGAUUGUUACGGUUGAACCCGGGGUUUAUAUUAAUCACAAACACCAACAAUUACCGAAAGAAUUUCUCGGAAUGGGUGUCCGAAUUGAAGACGAUGUUUUAAUCACUGAGUCCGGUCCUGUCAUUCUCAGUCGUAACUGUCCGAAAGAAGUGUCAGAUAUUGAAGAUAUAUCUAGUCGGAAUGUGUGAUGUCAAUUGUUAUUUAAUUUAACAAUUUAAAAAUAAAAAAUAUUUUAUUCAA